UGCCCCUUUAAAAGCGGACGCUCCCCGGUCACACCGAGGCACAUCGUAAACGAGCGCACUGCCGAGGAGCGAAAAGUCUGUGACAGCUCUGCACUUUUGUUCCGCUCGAAUCGGCGCCAGGAUGGUCUCGUCUUACCCUCUGCCGGAGGGCUUCUCCGACUUCGACGUGUUCUCCCUGGGCUCCUGUCUGCUGGUGGAGGGUCUGCUGGGCUUCUUUCUAAACGCAGUGACGAUCGCCGCCUUCCUCAAAGUGAGGGAGCUGAGGACCCCCAGCAAUUUCCUCGUGUUCAGCCUGGCGAUGGCUGACAUGGGCAUCUCCAUGAACGCCACCGUCGCCGCUUUCUCCAGCUUUCUGAGGUACUGGCCAUAUGGUUCGGAGGGGUGUCAGACUCACGGUUUCCAGGGCUUCGUCACGGCUCUGGCCAGCAUCCACUUCAUCGCCGCCAUCGCCUGGGACAGAUACCACCAGUACUGCACCAGGACAAAGCUGCAGUGGAGCAGCGCCAUCACCCUGGUGAUAUUUAUCUGGCUCUUCACCGCCUUCUGGUCUGCCAUGCCCCUCAUUGGCUGGGGGGUGUACGACUAUGAGCCCCUCAGGACCUGCUGCACUCUGGACUACAGCAAGGGAGACAGAAACUACGUGUCCUACUUGAUCCCCAUGGCAAUCUUUAACAUGGCCGUCCAGGUGUUUGUCGUCAUGUCCUCUUACCAGUCCAUUGCACAGAAAUUCCAGAAGACUGGAAACCCCAGGUUCAACCCCAACACACCUCUCAAGACUAUGGUGUUCUGCUGGGGCCCCUACGGCAUCUUGGCUUUCUACGCCGCCGUGGAGAACGCCACCCUGGUCUCCCCUAAGCUCAGGAUGAUGGCUCCUAUCCUGGCUAAGACGUCCCCGACCUUUAAUGUGUUCCUGUACGCUCUGGGAAACGAGAACUACAGAGGGGGCAUCUGGCAGUUCCUCACCGGGGAGAAGAUUGAAGUGCCUCAAAUUGAGAACAAGUCCAAAUAAACUGAGCAUGCAAUGAUCACACACA